AUGUCUUACUCGAGGGGUAACACCCCACGGGCGACCCAGAGUUUGUCCAGUCAUGCGGAUUUGGGUGUAGGGCUACGUACUUUCAAAGUUGCCCAUCAGCGCAUCUCGCUGGACGUAGAUCUCUCCAAGCACAGCAUAAAGGGCAUUGCUGAUAUUAUUUUGAUACCACUGGUGCAGAAUUUAAGCUACGUUACACUGGAUUGCAAGGAGAUGAAAAUCAAGAACGUUUGGGUGGAAAACAGGAGAUGUGACAAUUAUAUCCAUGACGAUCCGCUAUCAGACUUCAGGAGAAGCAGUCGAAGCGAUAGCGACACGCUGUACAAAUUUAAUGGAGUGGAACAGUCGCACUUUCUGCGAGAGAAAUUCGCGGAUUUAAAUGAGUUUCCGGAGGAGAGGACGCGGUCGCAACUUAUCGUGAAGAUUCCUUCUUCGAUUAAGAUCACCUUGCAGGAUGCCAACUCGUUGACGAAUUACACACCAAUCACGCCUACUGUUCGAGGAACACCGGGGUCUCAGGAAGCUGUAUUUACUCCGAUCAGCAUCAGAAUAGAGUACGAGCUGAGUGAGCCGACUACAGGAGUGCGAUUCGACACAGCGUUGGAGUCGCAGCCGCAUCUAUGGAAUGCAUUCACUACGAACUCAGAGAUCUGUUGCACUGCAUCUUACUGGAUGCCCUGUGUAAACACUUUAGAUGAGAAAUGCACUUGGGAGGUCGAGAUUAGCGUUCCUAGAAGGGUUAAAGACAUCGAUGGCUCUAAAGUUGUGGGCAACCAAUUUCAAGACUCCCGAGCAUUGCGUUCCAGAGGAUCACCAAUCACUGGGGGCGAUCUUAACAAGGAAAGAUUAAACGUGAGCUCUGAAGAAUACAACGCUGCAAAACGCGAAACGGAGCUGAACGGAAAGAAGAAGAACCAAAGUAAAGACGAUGAAGAAGAAGAGGAAGGUUAUGACAUAUUAGAAGACGAAGAGCCAGAAGAAGAUGACACACUGAAUAAAGAAAUUUUCGUAUGCUGUUCAGAGUACGCGACUGCUAAAGAAACUGAGCAUGCGACAUCUACAUCAAAGAGAACAUUUGCAUUUCAAAUAUUCAAUCCCGUCGCUCCUCACCAUGUUGGGUGGGCAGUCGGUGCCUUUGAUAUCUGGACCUUGCCGUCAAUCAAAAGUCAGGAUGAUAUUUUCGAGGAUGAACGCGAUGAGUCAGAAGAGAACAAAAAUCCAAAUCAGAAAGACACCAGUGCCGGGAUAGAUGAUAUUGAAAACAAUGACGUCAUUCCGAUUCAGGUAUACACCUUACCACAAGGUGAUAUAGACGAAAAGACAGUGCUGAAUUCUACUAUCAUUUGCCAAAAAAUUAUGGACUUUUACGCCAAAGAAUUCGGCUCCUAUCCAUUCACAUCAUAUUCUCUAGUUUUUUUACCGACGCUGGUUACAUCUACAAUGGAUUUUGCAAGUAUGACUUUAUGCAAUACAAGGCUCCUCUACCCCCCAGAAAUGAUCGAUACCAUGUUGUCAACUACCAAUGAGUUGGCGUGGUCUCUCGCAGCUCAAUGGUCAGGGGUCAAUAUAACGCCAUUAGAAAUAAACCAUAUAUGGUGCUGCAUAGGGAUGGCCGGCUACAUGGUUUUCCAACUAAUGAGGAAACUCCUGGGUAAUAAUGAAUUCAAAUUUCGACUUAAAAUGAACUGCGAGGCUAUCGUGGAUCAGGACUGGGAAAAGCCACCUAUUGGAAAUACUUUUACUAAUGCUUCAAGACCCAUCUCUUGGACGAGCAAUGAUUUGAGUUUCAUUAAACUGAAAGCUCCGAUGGUCCUAUACAUACUGGACCGGAGAAUGGUAAAGACAGAAAGAUCAUUUGGGAUGUCUCGUGUGCUGCCUAAAAUAUUUUUACAGGCCAUGUCUGGCGACCUACCGAAUAAUUCUCUUUCUUCAGCACAUUUCCAAUACGUUUGUGAGCGUGUCAACAGGAGCAAACUUGAGUCCUUUUUCCAGCAAUGGAUUUAUGGGUCAGGUGUACCAAUAUUUCGGGUCACUCAAAGGUUCAAUAAAAAAAGAAUGAUGGUUGAAAUGGGUAUCAGACAGUGUCAGGAUCAAGAACUGGCCCAGGAAAAGGUUGUAGGCAAAGAUGGCUUUUGCUCUAGCUCUCUAGAUUACAUUCAGCACCCAAACAAAAGCAUGACGACUUGUUUCACGGGAUCAAUGACAAUUAAAAUACAUGAAUCCGAUGGAACACCGUAUGAGCAUAUCGUGGAAGUUAAAGAUGUGUUCACCAAGAUAGAUAUCCAAUACAACACGAAGUAUAGGAAGAUAAGGAAUAAGAGACUUCAAGCAAACAAAAGCACAAACAAGACAAUGACCCCAGAUUCAAUAGAAGAAUCCCUUGAAGAAAGGCCUGACAGCGGUUCCGUGCAGAAGCUCGGUACAGUAUUAAGUAGUACCGAAGAUUGUCUUGAAUGGAACCUAACUGGACUUUCCACAAAAUCAGACGGAAAUGAAGCCCAAAUACAGAAUGAAGUUUUUGAAUGGAUAAGGAUCGAUUCGGAUUUUGAGUGGAUUUGUAAACUGUACGUGAAUCAACCUGAUUAUAUGUUCGCAUCCCAGUUACAGCAAGAUAGUGAUGUUGAGGCACAGUUUGAAAGUGUCAGGUACUUUGAAGAUACAAUCAUACAUUCUCCCGUGAGCUCACAGGUUUACUCGUCAAUUUUGGUAAGAACGGCAAUGGAUAAGCGAUACUUCUAUGGUAUCAGAGCCGAGGCUUGCAAAGCGUUAGCGAGAUAUGUUGUUCGAGAUUCUGAGCCAAACAAUUUUACCGGCGGAGCAAGGCAUCUUAUCAGAAUCUUCAGGGAGCUUUUUUGCUAUGAAAACUCCAGCAUUCCGCUCAACAAUGAUUUCAGUAACUUUCAAGAGUAUUUCCUACAGAAACAGAUCCCCCAGAAUCUAACACUGGUGAAAAACGAAAGGAAUGAAACACCUUAUUUUGUUAAGCAGUUUCUAUUAGACCUGCUUACGUACAAUGAAAAUUCAGAGAAUUUAUACGAUGAUAGCCAUUAUCGCUGCAUGCUAAUCCAAUCUGUUGUAGACUGUGUGCUGUCUAACCGUAAUGAUAACGAGUACCUGAAUAAAGUCCUGGAGCAACUGCGCAGAUAUCAAAAUCUCGAAGAGUGGAUGCCAACCUAUCAGCUACUGGUCAAGAAUACGAUUCUAUCGGCUAAACUUCGUCUGGGAGUCGCUGGCCUUUAUCGAAUGGAAGAUCUCAACGAAAUCUUAUUAAACCCAUUUGAGGAUGAAUCGAAGACUCCACAUGUCAACGUGGCUCGGUUAAGGGAAGGUUCUCAAGAUUUGACUCUAACUACGUUCAAAACGUUAUUAGUUGAGGGUGGAUUAAAAAAUAAGGAGGCGCUGAAGUACCUCUUUGAAGCCCUCUGCUUCUCAACUGACGUUUAUAUAAAAGAAAAAUUAGUGGAUGUCUUCGUCAGUGCCAUCGAUUUCGUUGCCGUGAAUAAGCUGCAGGAUCUGCUAGACGAUGACAUCGAUUAUAUGGUCGAGCAAAUCAAUUCAGAAUCACUAGCACUGGAAGACGGGAGAAGAGAGUCGGGAGGUAUCAUUGAAGAGGACUACAUGCACGAGCUAAGAGAGCGUAGGGAGCAGAAAAUGAGGUCCACAGUCAGAGGUCUGGUGCAUCUUCUGAGGAGGCAGUUUAGAACCUAUGAGCCGCUGAAAAAGAUCCUCUGGGAAGCACUGCACACUUCUACUCUUUCUCUCUAUCAGAGAAAGCGUCUUUUCGAUACAUCAAGAAUCUUAUACUGUCUGCUCGAUAGUUUUGAUGUUGUUCUAACCAUGCCCAGGGAUAAAAAGUUAGUGGCGAAAUAUAUGGGUAUGAACAAGGUUGUUAUCAAGAGAGAAGGUCUGCUGAAGGUUCAUCUACCGACGAAGCUAAGCACGAAGCUCAAAUCAUCAUCGAAUGAGAGGGAUUCAGAUCAGCCUUCAUCGCGGACUAAUAAAGUCAAGAUAAGUCUGGGCAGACAACCAGUCAAGCAAAAAAAAUCUGGUUCUGGGACUGCUAAGGGUAAGCAAGCCAAAGGAAUAGUCAACAGAGUGGGCAUUCUUCCGCUGCGAUUCAUCAAGAUCACCACUUCGGACGAGAAGAGGGUCGAUAUCUCGUCAGUUCCCUUCAGCGAGAAUGUCCACAUCAUCAAGGCAAACAGCAGAUCGUUCACCGUGAAGAUAAUGGUACCGAAGAAGGAGCCAGAAGCCUGA